AUGACUCCAGAGCAGACUGAGCUGAUCACCAAAACUGUUCCUGUUGUGGAUCAGUAUGGGCAGGAAAUUACCAGAGUAUUUUAUAAGAAUAUGCUUGCUGCCCAUCCAGAGUUGAACGGUGUGUUCAACAAGACGAACCAAGAUACAGGACAUCAGGCAAAGGUCCUUGCGAAAGCUCUUUGCGUCUACGCGGCGAACAUUCGCAAUCUGGAAGCUCUAGGACCUAUGGUGGAGUUGAUUUCCCACAAACAUGUAUCUCUGGAAAUCACCCCAAAUCAGUAUGACAUCGUCGGCAAGUACCUUAUUGGGGCAAUGCACGAGGUUCUAGGAGCCAAUUUCACGGAAAACAUCCAAGACGCCUGGACUGCCGCUUAUGGCCACCUCGCCGGCAUCAUGAUUCAGAAAGAGGCCUCUCUCUAUGACCAGCAUGAGGAAUGGAAAGCCUGGAGGGAUUUUCGCAUCACGGACAUCUCCCGUGAAUCAGAUGAAAUUUCUUCAUUCUAUCUCUCUCCUGUCGAUGGGAAGCCCCUUCCGUCGUUUGUUCCUGGUCAAUACGUUUCUGUCCGGGCUCAUGUAUGGCAUCUUGGGUAUAUGCAGGCACGGCAAUAUUCAAUGAGCGAUAUUCCUUCCCCGACAUAUUACCGGAUCAGCGUGAAACGAGAAAAAGGACAGCAAUUUGUUCCUGGCCUAUUGUCGAAUACUCUCCAUGAAGUUGAGACACCUGGCAAAAUUGUGCAGGUUUCCCAUCCUCGGGGCAACUUUCUCUUGAAUAGUGUCCGUGAGAUAUCACCUGUUGUUCUCAUUGCUGGUGGUGUUGGCAUAACACCUUUAUUGUGUAUUUUGAAAUUCCUCACAUCAACUGCACCCAACAUGGCGCGCCAUGUCCAUCUCGUCUAUGCCACGAGAACUACGUCUGCACGGGCCUUCUUCAAAGAGAUCACGGAGAUCAGUGGCCGAAACCCGACAGUCAAGCUGACGUUCUUUGUUGAAUGUCCCCGAGAAAGUGACCAGCCCGGUAAAGACUAUCACCAUGUAGGUCGUAUCGACCUACGGCGUCUUGACGUGAACAAGGAUCUUUUCAUCGAUGAUUUGUAUACAAGAUACUACAUCUGUGGGCCGUCUCCGUUUCUCGAAACAGUGAAGAGCUCUUUACUCUUUCAAGGGGUAACGUCGACCAGGAUCAAUAUGGAAAUUUUUGGCGCUGGGGGCUUCGAUGCUACUAGACCUCAGGAGCAUCUGUAG